UUGAAACCGGCAGACAGCAGAACCAGAACCGGACACAACUGAUCCCCAAAAGAAAAAAAAAGGUGUCCGGGACUGAAGGGCUGCAGAAUGACUCGGAGGAACCUGUGAGGAAAGUGAUUCAACAAAAACAAACUUUUAUAUCCAAUCAGAAACAGAUGGGACUUAUUCUGGAGCGCCGCUUGUUUCUCUCAGCUGUGGGACCCUGAAGAGACAAGAUACAAAGAGAGGACACUUAAAGAUGGACUCUUUCUUUGUAGAGGGAGCCCGAGUGUGGCUGAGACAUAAAGAACAGCUUCUCCCCUCCACCGUCAGCUCCUGUGAUGACUUGUCACUGGUUCUCACCACAGAGUACGGCAAGGUGGUUUGUUUACAAAGAGAGGAASUGAACAGAGAGAAAGCGUACCCGAUGCACGCCAGCAGCAUCCAUGGAGUCGAAGACAUGUCCACUCUGGCAGAGCUGCACGAAGCCGCCAUCAUGCACAACCUCUUUCUCCGCUACCAGAAAAACAACAUCUACACCAACAUAGGUUCGAUUCUUGCGGCGGUAAACCCAUAUAAGCAGAUAGCAGGCCUGUACGACGGCACCGCAGUCGACUUGUACAGCGAACACCAGAUGGGGGAGCUGCCGCCUCACAUCUUCGCCGUGGCCAACGAGUGUUACCGCUGCCUGUGGAAGAGGCACGACAGUCAGUGCGUCCUCAUCAGCGGGGAGAGUGGYGCCGGGAAGACUGAGAGCACCAAGCUGCUGCUGAAGUUCCUCUCAGUAAUGAGUCAGAACUCAGCCGGCACGCCUCUGUCAGAGAGGACCACCAGGGUGGAGCAGGCUCUGGUCCAGAGCAGUCCCAUCAUGGAAGCAUUUGGGAAUGCAAAGACCGUCUACAACAACAACUCCAGCCGCUUCGGCAAAUUCAUUCAGCUCCACUUUUCCCAGAACGGAAACAUUCAGGGAGGCUGCAUCAUCGACUAUUUGCUUGAAAAGAACCGUGUGGUUCGGCAGAAUCCUGGSGAGAGAAAUUACCACAUUUUUUAUGCACUGCUAGCGGGGGCCGACAGAGACCACAGAGACUUGUACCUCUUGUCUGAGGGUCCUGAGUCGUAUCAUUACCUGAGCCAAGCGGGCUGCGUACAGGACGGCAGCCUGGAUGACAAGCAGCUCUUUAACAGUGUGAUGAAAGCUCUUAAGGUGAUGGAGUUCUCCGAGGAGGAGAUCAGAGAUGUGUUCAGGUUGCUGUCUGCCGUCCUCCAGAUGGGCAACAUUGAGUUCAUGACAGCUGGUGGAGCUCAGAUCACUUCAAAUGGAGUGGUCAGUAACGUCAGUGAGCUGCUCGGCCUGGACUCCUUCCAGCUGUCGGAGGUGUUGACCCAGCGCUCCAUGAUCCUCAGGGGAGAGGAGAUCUGCUCCCCCCUCACCGUGGAGCAGGCGGUGGAUUCGCGGGACUCCGUUGCAAUGGCGCUUUACUCUCAGUGUUUUUCCUGGAUCAUAAUGAAGAUCAACCAGAAGAUCAAAGGAAAAGACAACUUCAAGUCCAUCGGCAUCCUGGACAUCUUUGGCUUUGAGAACUUUGAGGUGAACCGGUUCGAACAGUUCAACAUCAACUAUGCCAACGAGAAGCUCCAGGAGUACUUCAACAAGCACAUCUUCUCGUUGGAGCAGCUGGAGUACAACAGGGAGGGGAUCCAGUGGGAAGCCAUAGACUGGAUGGAUAACGCAGAGUGUCUGGAUCUCAUAGAGAAGAAACUGGGCAUGUUGGCUCUCAUCAACGAGGAGAGUCGCUUCCCCAAAGGCACAGACUACACCCUCCUGGAGAAGCUGCACAGUCGACACGCGGCAAACUCGUACUAUGUGAAGCCCAGGGUGACAGACCACCAGUUUGGCAUCAAGCACUACGCUGGAGAGGUGUUGUAUGAUGUGCGAGGAAUCUUGGAGAAGAACAGAGACACCUUCAGAGAUGACAUCUUGUUUAUUCUCAAAGACAGCAGGCUGGAUUUCAUCUACGACCUCUUCGAGCGUGUCGGCAGCAGGAGUGGAGACGAGACGCUGAAGAUGGGCACGGCUCGACGUAAGCCCACCGUCAGCUCUCAGUUCAGGGACUCGCUUCACUCCUUGAUGGCCACUUUAAGCGCCUCCAACCCUUUCUUUGUGCGCUGCAUCAAACCAAACAUGGACAAGAAGGCCAAUCAGUUUGACCCAGACGUGGUUCUGAACCAGCUGAGAUAUUCUGGGAUGCUGGAAACAGUGAAGAUUCGCAAGGCAGGAUUCCCAGUCCGCAGAACCUUUAAGGACUUCUUUAGCAGGUACAAAAUGAUCUCAAAAACCAAACUCCAGCCAGACGAUGAGAAGCAUUGCUGCUUGGAGCUUCUGUCACUUCACGACAAAGCCAAGAAAGAGUGGCAGCUGGGCAAGACAAAGGUGUUCUUGAAGGAGGCGCUGGAGCAAAGGCUGGAGAAGGAGAGGGAAGAGGUGCGGCGCAGGGCUGGCAUGGUGAUCCGCGCCCACAUCCUCAGCUAUGUGGGGGGGAAACAAUACAGGAGRAUUGUGUCCAGCGUGGUCACCAUCCAGAAGCACUACCGCGCUCACUUUUGGAGACGCGCCUUCCUGCGCCUGCGCCUGGCCGCCGUCGUCCUGCAGAAACACCACAGGGGCCAGCUCGCCAGGACCCUCUGUCGCCAGCUCAAGGAGGAGAGGCAGAAACGAGAGGAGGAGGAGAGGAGAGAGGAGGAGAGGAGGCGACUAGAGGAGGAGGAGGAGAGGAGGAGGAUGGAGGAGCAGAGGCAACGGGAGGAGGAGAGGAGGAAGAAGGAAGAGGAGGACAGGAGAUUGAGGGAGAAGGAAGAAGAGCAGAAAUUGGCAGCUAAAGAGGACAAAAUGAGGAACUCACUUGUGAACGGGGCUUGUCUAAAGAAGGAGCUGACCCAGACGCUGUCCCACAGCCACACCUCGGAGGAGGAGAGCCGUCAGAUGGAGGAGAUCCUGCGGCUGGAAAGGGAGAUCGAGCGUCUGCAGAAGAAGCAGCAGGAGGACGGCGUGUCCCUCCUCGGGGACGUCUCCCGCGAGGAGCUGCGCCAGAUGAGGGACGCCGAGAUCUACAGGCUGGAGAAGGAAGCGUCUCGUGUGGCGACGGAGUUCCUGGAGCUGCUGGACUUCGGCGGUUUGGAGCCGUCGCUCUCGAGCGAGGAGAACCUCCACGAGCCGAGCGAAUCCACAGCUCCUCUGGCCGAGGAGGAGGUGGACGAGGGUUUCCCCACGGAGGACGAGUGCGUCCCGCUGCCUGACUUYCCUCCUCCAGCCGUGAUUCCUCUUGACAAGGACGUUUUUCAAAGYGUUCCCCCUCCUCCACCUGCUUUUGCAGAGGGACUAGUGGUCUCCCCACCUUCUGCAGUCACCCCGAACGGACUCAGUCCUCCAACUGACUCUCAAACCCGCCGCCCUCCACUUCCACAUGUGGUAGCCAAUGGAAGAGCCUCUGAUUUGGAGCCCACAAACGAGGGGCCGUCCCGCCCAAACCUGCCAGACGCAGAGUCAGACUACGACCAGGAAGAGUUCGAGGAGGCUCUCGGGAGCUCUGGUGCCAGCAUCAUCGACGGUCAUCUCACGGAUGAGGAGGUGCUGCGAGAAUCCUCCUGCACCCACAACAGCAUGGACUCCUUCAGAGGCAGCUCAGACUCG